AUGACAAAUACCAGUAGAAGUGAUGCUGAUAUACAGACAGACAUCACGACGUGUUCACCUAAUGUCGACGACGCCAUUUACAGCAUGGACAACUUCAAAGAUACCAUUGGGGUCGACAUUGACACGCCUUCCAAGUGUGACGAUGUUGACGAGUGCGCCGCAUAUCCAUGUGGUGUCCAUUUUUGCGAGAAUCUAUUGAAUGGAUACCGAUGUUAUUGUAAGAGUGGCUACACGGGAGAAAACUGUGAUAAUGGUCCGGACUUCUGUGUUAACAACCAAUGCGAGCACGCAGCGACAUGCAUCAGUGGUGCUUGGAAUUAUACGUGCGCAUGUGCAGUGGGCUUUAAGGGAACUCUGUGCGAGGACGAAAUAGUUAAUGGAAACUGGGUGGAAUGGGGGAAAUAUGACGAAUGCAGUAAAAGUUGUGAAGGAGGAAUCCAAACACGGACAAGAACGUGUACCAACCCAUCCCCGGGACCGGAUGGUGCCGAUUGUUCAGGAAGUAGCCAAGAUCAAGUCUCCUGUAACACGGAUCCAUGUCCUAAAUGUGCCCCAGUCGGAUAUCUUUUGCUGAAAAGCAGGAACACAAAAAAGGAUCAUUGUGUAACUGAAGGAGACUACACGCGAUGUGAAAUAAUCUGUGAAACAGGAAUGGAAUUCGUCAAUCUACCCUUGAAUUACUAUGAAUGUGGUGCAAACACCUCAUAUGCAUGGAGCGGAAUCCCUCCAAGCUGUGCAACUUCAAUUCCUGGAAGGCGUUUGGCUGUCCGUACAUCCGCGACAUAUCCUGUUGCCCCUCCCUGUGGAACAGAGACCGAUCAAGCAUUAAACUCGGCAGCAGGAGAAGCCCAGUGUGUACGUAACAAUGCCUGUGACGUGUCUAUAACCACCACCGGAUGCUCUUCUAGACGUAAACGAGACACAGCCAUAACAGCAGAGAUGUCUUUCUCCAUUAAUUUGGAAGAACUUCAGGAUUUCAACCUCACUGCAUUGUUAGAAGACAAUAUCGUGAGUGCAGACCUCCAGACCUACAUCACGGCCAUGGCUGAAUUGGAACAGACUGCACAGGAAAUCAACAACUCUAUCUCAGAUUUCUUUGUCGUGAAUGUCAACAAUGUCCAUUACAACAUUGACCCCAGCACAUUUUCUAUUUCUGGUGUGAUCACAUGUCCGAAUGGCACAAUUACAAUCGACGGCGCCUGUGUUCAGUGCCCAGCAGGUACAAGUGAAGAAAACGGAUGGUGUGUUUACUGUGAACUAGGGACUUACCAGAACCAGGAAGGACAGACCGAGUGUCUAGCAUGUCCGACUGGUUAUACCACGCAGUUUGUGGGGAUGAUUGACGUCGCCAACUGUUCUGUUGAAGAAACGUCAACAAGCAGUACUUCAGCAGUUGCAUCAAGUACAACAGCUAUACCUACAACUACAACAUCCUCGAUUUCCUCGUCCUCAACCGGAAGCGGAACCACUAUUACAGAGGAAAAAACAACACCUGUUACAAAGAAUGGCCCGUACAGGAUUGGGAACAGAUCAACAAUGACUAUUUUAGUCAUUACGAUAUCAGUAGUGUCGGUCGCCGUUAUUAUCUUAGCUGCUUCUAUUACCAUUUACUGCAAGACCCGAAAGAAUGCCAGAAACCGGUUGAGAUCACGUGAACAGUACACACGUCAGAGAAGUUCGGUCUCCAUCAACAUGGUAAAUCCGACAGUUCAUACGAAGUUCAAACGCCCUCCACAGUUUAACGAGUAUAGCGAAAUGCCCAGUAAUCUGCCGUAUGCAACAAUCAUGGAAACGACAACAGCAAUGGCGAAUGAAAAGACAUCACAAUUCACGAAACAUACUUGAUAUGUUUGGAUUUACAAAGAUAAAGAACAAAGCAACUUAUUGGACUUUGUCAUUCACCAAUUACAUUAAAAAAAAAUAUGCGUACAGGUCUACGAACAAAAAUGCAAAACAUGUAUCAAACAAUUGAUAACAUCAAAAAACAUUUAAUUUACCUUUUUCAAAAUCCUAAACUAUUCAGCCUGUUACCAUUAGAUUCCUAAACAAUUAACAAUAUCUUAUUUACAUCAGUUUUCUUUUUGACAGUGCGUUAAGUUUUUGGUGCAAGUGUUGAAAGGUAUUAAUACAUCACUUUAUAAUUGUACUAGGGUG